AUGGAUUUCCAUUCCAAGCUCUGGACAAAGACCGCGUCAACGGACGAACUCGUGGCCCUCUCCAUGGGAUUCCUUUUUUCCUUAAUCACUAAGGACCGCAUAGAAACAACGGCUGGCAGCUGGGCGCUGCAAGGCAGUGUUGUCCCUCGCGAUGCCUACAUAGUUCAUAAAUCGCGCAAGGCUGGCGCGUUGCUACUUGCAAAAGCCGGAAUGAGCGAAUGGGCCGAGAUUCGCAAGAUGGAUUAUUCUCAGGGAUAUGCCGCCUUUGGAGGACAAGGUCGCAGUGCUAUAAUUUCACUGUAUACCCUGGUGGAAGCAGCUCAGGCUCUGCGAUUGCGGUGUAAUACCGAUAUCCGGCAAUCAACUUGGUGGGAACGUUGGGAAAGGACAGUUCGCGACGCCACACAUGUAUUGGAUGCAAUCUAUGGUAUUGACAGACGGAAUAAUUAUACACUGGUAAAGAAGGGGAAGACGCCCGGAGAGGGCGGGUAUUCCCAAUUCUUGACAGAUAAAUCUGCGCUCAAGGGCGCUGCAUUUGGAAUACCUUGGAAUUCUUACUGGGGAUUGGAGAUUCCGCUCAAAUCGCUCAGCUUCUGGAGCUCGUCGAUCUGA